AACCAUCUCCGAACAUUUAUAUGGACACUAUACUGGAUGACUUUCAGCAUUUGUGGUUGCCUGGGACAGGCGUGUGGUCGUGCCCCGCUGAACUCCAGGAUUGUGGGAGGUCAGAACGCCCCCACUGGUGCUUGGCCCUGGCUGGCCAGUUUGCAUGUCUCUGGGGUUCCCACGUGUGGAGGAUCCCUGAUCAACAGCCAGUGGGUGCUGGCAGCUGCCCAAUGCUUCCCCAGUGUAAGCGCUAGCAAUGUGGUCGUGUAUGUAGGUCGCCAGAUUGAGUCAGUUUCCGCCAGCAACCCAAAUGAGGAGAGCAGGACAGUCAGCCAGAUCAUCGUCCAUGAAAACUACGACUUCUUCACCGGAGAAAACGACAUCGCUCUGCUGCAGCUCAGCUCCUCAGUUACCUUUACCGACCACAUCCAGCCCGUCUGUCUGGCUGCCACAGGGAGUGUCUUCAGCAACGGCACUGUCAGCUGGGUUGCCGGGUGGGGAGUCACUGCAGAAGGAGGGUCUCCUCCAAGUUCAGGAGCUCUGCAGGAGAUCCAGGUUGCUGUGAUUGAGAACUCCCAGUGUGACUCCCUGUAUGGUGGAGGAUUUGUCACCGACAACAUGAUCUGUGCUGGACUACUCUCUGGAGGGAAAGACGCCUGUCAGGGUGAUACGGGGGGUCCUCUGGUGAGCAAGCAGGACUCUGUGUGGGUCCAGUCUGGCAUCGUGGGUAUGCCCGGAUGUGCCCGGCCCAACCAGCCUACGAUCUACACCCGCAUCUCCGAGUAUCAGGACUGGAUCAACUCCCGUGUCGGCGCCGAUCAGCCGGGCUUUGUGGAGUUCACCUCCAGUGGGGCAGGGGGAGCUAGCACCACCACCACUCUGGCUCCUACCAUGACACAAAUAACAACACCAGCUCCAACAUCAACACAUACGACAAUACAAACACAAAUAACAACACCAGCUCCCACAGCACCAGCUCUAACCGCACCGCCAGCAACAAAUCAGUCAACAACUACAACAAGACAAACCCCAUCAACACCAGCUGCAACUGCACCACCAUCAACCAAUCAGCCAACACCAUCCACUCCUUCAACAGGCCUGACCUCCAAUCUGCCAACCUCUUCAUCUUCAACACAAGCACGUUGCAGAGAUAGACCGUUGCAGGUUGUGAUUGUUGCUGCUAUGGCUUUCAACAUCACCGGAAUCUCGAUACCCACAGAUAAGAUCGCAGAAGCUAUGGAAAAAGCAUUUCAAGACAGUGAUCUAGACAACGAACCCUUGGUUGUCAUAACCGCCAUUCAGAACAUGACCGAGUGCAAGGUAUUCUACCAGCCCUUGAACAGGCCACCCCUCCAGAUAUGCCACCCUAAUAAGGACAGGUAUGAGGUUGCUAUGGUGACAGUCAUAUAGGCCUAUGAGUGUAUGAAUGUAUUUAUUUAUGUAUCAAUAUAUUUACAUGUACAGUGCACAGCAAUAAUGAGUUCACCCCUUUUGAAAAGUAACAUUGUGAACAAUAUACAAGUCCAGGGUGUGAAGGGAAAUAAGCUCAUAUUACACCUCCCCUUGAGUUAAAUAAGUGAGUUUCACCUUUCUCCUUUACUUUCAAUCGUUCUCUGAGUAUGGCAGUGCAAAUUUACCCCCAUGCUAGCAGUUAACAUUGAGUCCAUAACAUUGAGUCCGUUUUGUUUUGGUCUCUCCUUCGCUUAUGUCUCAAAUGUAAGCGAUGCAGGACAGGGGUGGGGCCGCAAUGAAUACUUCAGUCUGACUCAGAUGCACCAAUGAGACUCCCUCCAACUUCUUUAUGUGACGGCUGAUCUCAUUGGAGGUGGGCCGAGGGCCGUCAGCACAAAAUCGUGGGCUGCGGGUCACAUAUAUAUAUAAAAAAACAUUAAUAACAAUUAUUUUUUUAAACGGACAUCACCGGCCACCUAUUGGCGUCAGCUCACCGGGCAUUUUCCCAGUAUGCCAGAUUGUCUGUCCAGCACUGUUUAGAAGAGCACCAUGGCUGUAGUUGGGGUGCAUGUAGACCUCGGUGUCUUGACAGAAGAGCUCAGUUGUCUCUCGUGCGAGAAGCAGGAUCAGUUGUUUAUCCUGAAGACUGAGAAGUUUUACCAUAAUCAGUCUGGGUGGGUUUGGUUUGCCUUUUGGAUCAGCAUUUGUUGGAAGUGUGGUGGGAGAACGCUGGGCAUACUCGAUCACGGGUAUUUUUUCUUUUCCAGGAGUAGAGGAAUAAGUUCUUUCAUGAAGCCGUGGAUGUUCUGACCCUAUGCUUUUUCUGGAACAUGCUCAAAGUCCAUUCCAUAAAGUCCAUACUGACCAUUCUGGUGUAUAACUUUUGCUUGUUUGCAUUUUUGUUUUUUCCUUUGUCAGGCUUUUUGUCAUUUCUCUUCCAUCUUGUGUCAUUGCUUACAGACUGAAAUGGGAAGGGGUUUGCUUUGCAAAAUAUUGUUUUAUACCCAACUGUUUGAUAGAAAACGAUGUAAUGAAUCCUACAGUCUUCU